UCCCUCCGCCACUGCAGUGCAAGCCUCGCAGCGGAGAGAGUCUGAAGCUGGGGGUUUCUGCCAGGACCGGACCAACACCAGCACCGCCACCGACACAUCCGCGUUAUUAUCACACCCCUCCACACAGCUCGGCGGCCCGCUGCUGUUGCACCUCUUCCGUUCACGUCGCCUGGAUUUCAUCAUCCGACCCGCACGAUGGGAAAUGAAGCCAGUUACCCCCUGGAAAUGUGCUCACAUUUCGAUGCUGAUGAGAUUAAGAGGCUAGGGAAGAGGUUUAAGAAACUCGACCUAGAUAACUCUGGCUCGCUCAGCGUGGAGGAGUUCAUGUCCUUGCCGGAGCUGCAACAGAACCCGCUGGUGCAAAGGGUUAUCGACAUAUUCGACACGGAUGGGAACGGAGAAGUGGACUUUAAAGAGUUUAUCGAGGGAGUCUCACAAUUCAGCGUCAAGGGAGACAAAGAACAGAAGCUGCGAUUCGCCUUCAGGAUCUAUGACAUGGACAAGGACGGCUACAUCUCCAACGGCGAACUCUUCCAGGUCCUGAAGAUGAUGGUUGGCAACAACCUGAAGGACACGCAGCUCCAGCAGAUUGUGGACAAAACCAUAAUAAAUGCAGACAAGGACGGGGACGGCAGGAUAUCCUUUGAAGAGUUCUGUGCAGUGGUCGGUGGUCUCGAUAUACACAAAAAGAUGGUGGUGGACGUGUGAGCGCUCUCUGCUUGCUGAAUCCCCCUCCUUGCCCUCGACACUCGCGUUCUCCACCAUCUCUGAAGAUCUGCUCAAGACGUCCGGCAAAAUGCGCUGUGUGUAAAUCAAUGGAAGUAUUCUCUCUCUUUUAUCUUUCUGUGAAGCCACUCUUUUUUUUUUUUUUUUUUUUCUUUCAAAAAACCACAGGCCUCAUGAAGCCAACUUUGAAGUGUUAUUGAACUGUAAGUCCUCAACAACCCGGUCGUAGCACUUUAAGAGACUGACGGACAUCCAUUUGUCAUUUGCAAGAGCAUCUCCAGUUUUGGAUGAGAGGGGAGGAAGGGGAGGAAGAGGGGGGGCAACGUGAAGAGGGUGGUUGGCUUGUUCAUAUUUCAUCCCUUUUUUUUCUUUUUUUUAAAUUUUUGAUAUUUAUUUUUUGUUUUUGUCUUUUAUAAAGAAGAAAAAAAUAGUAUAUCUAUGGUUGUCUUGUAAGGGGAAGUGUGUGAUGUGUUUAACACUUGACUUGCGGUUCCUCUAGAAAGUAGGGUAUGAAGUGCCAACCAGAACAUAUCCAGAAACCCGUCCAAGUUAUUACCCGUUGUCAUCGCAGUCUUGCACACCGGACGAACCAGCGUGCGACACUUCCAACCUCACGGCUCCGUGUCAUUAGAUGCAAAACAAAAAUUUCAAAUUUUCUCUUUUCAGUUUUCACUCGCGCGCAGUUUUCAAUGAACCAGUUAAGCUUCCAGUCACUCUGCAAACCUGCUCUCAUCUUUAUUUUUUUUUUUGUAAUAAGAUUGCUAAUUUUAUUUAAAAAUUUUGAAUGUGUUUAUAUUGUUGGAAAUCGUUUCCAGUCAUGAAAUUAUAGGUAGUUUAAUGCCAAGAAAAUGUCUUUCCAAAUAAAAAAAAAGGAAGGAAAAAAAAAAAGGAAAUGUGGCUGCAAACUGAUAACAUGGUUUACUUUUGAAGACGCAUUUUACAUCCAACAGUGUGCAUCCAUAGGACAAUCUUUAAUGAAAAUAGUGGCUCUGAACUCCGAAGCGAGCGUUUUGAGACUCUUAUUUAAUGUUAACGUACUGGCUGGAUGAACUUGGCCAAGAACGAAGAGAGUGGAUCACGGUAAGGUCAGGUGCUGUUUGUGCAAGGAUAAAGCAAUUUAAGAGACUUAUCUGCAGGCAGCAUUUUUUUUAACAAAUAUGUGUAUAUUAGGUAAUCAAUGUGUGCUCAUCUUAUCUAACUGCAAGAGGAGGUUUUGCCUCAGCUUAACGUAACGCCCUUCUGAAUAUGUCUCAGUGCAGCACAGGACGGGUCGCAGUUUUCUCCAGCGCAACACAAACACUUAAGAUCUUAACAUGUUAGCAUGAUCUGUGCACAGUGGGGUCGACUGUACAUUGUAGUCUUUAGUAGUUUUUUUUUUUUUUUUGGUUUUGUUUUAUUUGGAACAUGUACAUUUCAAAAGUUGGCUUCCUCUCCCUCUUUUUAUUUUAUUUUUAUUUUUUUUUCUGUCACAACCACCUCAUUUGCUUCCCUACACACCUGCCAACACCAACAGGCAGGAAAAAACUAUUCAACAAAAAAAAAAAGUCAUUUCUAAGAGUAAAAUGCUUUGUACUGUAGACGGACAGAUUUUUCUUUUUGCUUUGGAGGCCAACUGCUGGUUUGAACGGGAGUUUUGGGUCCGACCCAGAGUGCUCUGUUGUCCCCAUCCCGAAGCUCUGCACGGCUUGGGCCUCCCUGUGCUUGCAUGACAUGGAAGUAUAUUUUAUUUUUUUUGUUGUGCAUGUAGAUCAAUUUUUUGAAAUAAUCCUCUUGUUUACACAUGGAUGGUGAUGUUAAUAUAUUUAAGAAUUUAACGGUAUACAAUAUGGAUGUUGCCAAACUUUGGUAAAUGUACACAUAUUAUGAGAGGUAAUCCAAAUGAACUGAACUACAUGUAACUUUUUGUAUUUUACCCGGAUCAGCGAGAUGCUUCGAUUCCAGUAAAAGUUGCAUAUCUGAUCCUGUCUCAAACUGCCACACACUGUACUCAGCUUAAAGGGGAAUUUUUGUUUUCUUUCUUUCUUUUGUAUAUAAGUAUUUGUUAAAUGCAGUUCUGGCUCUCUGUUCUCUGUAUAGUUCAGACCGCGCUUUAGUUUGUAAGUGCUACUUUUCUCUGAGGGACUUGGGUUCUUCUUAGUUUGUGUGGGGAUAUCUGAAAAGAUUUAAGUUUGAGAACCUUUUUUUUUUUCUUUUCUUUUUUUUCUGCAUGCUGCAUCUUAUGCUGUGGGACUGUUGGAAACUUGAUACUGUAUGAAAAUGAAAUAAAAUUUAAAUAAACUUUGAAAUGUUGAAAGUAAAAA